AUGAGCUCCGCCGACACGGCCGCCCAGAGCGCGGCAUGCAGGAUCAUGACGUUCACGCCGUCGGCCGAAGACUUCCGAGACUUUGGCCGCUACGUGGCCUACAUGGAGUCUCAAGGAGCACACCGAGCGGGGAUGGCCAAGGUGAUCCCGCCAAAAGGCUGGCGGCCGCGGAAGACAUACGACGACAUGGACGAGUUGGUCAUUCCCGCUCCCAUUCAGCAGGUGGUGACGGGCCAAUCUGGCCUCUUCACACAGUACAACAUUCAGAAGAAGCCCAUGACCGUUCAAGAGUUCCGGAGGACCUCCAACAUGGACAAGUUCUGCCAUCCGAGCUACGUGGACUUUGACGAGCUGGAACGCAAGUUCUGGAAGAAUCUGACGUUCAACCCGCCUCUCUACGGCGCCGACGUCAGCGGGAGUCUCUACGACUCGGACGUGAACGAGUGGAACAUCGGCCGCCUGAACACCAUUUUGGACACGGUGGAACACGAGAGCGGCGUGAAGAUUAAAGGAGUCAACACGCCUUAUCUUUACUUCGGCAUGUGGAAGGCUGCCUUCGCCUGGCAUACAGAAGAUAUGGACUUGUACAGCAUCAACUACUUGCACUUUGGGGAACCCAAAUCCUGGUAUGCCGUCCCACCGGAACACGGCAGGAGACUGGAGCGUCUCGCCAAGGGUUUCUUUCCCGGCAACGCUCAGAGCUGCGAAGCCUUCCUGCGCCACAAAAUGACGCUGAUUUCGCCGUCCAUCCUCAAAAAAUACGGAAUCCCUUUCGAGAAGGUGACGCAGGAGGCGGGCCAGUUCGUCGUCACCUUCCCGUACAGCUACCACGCCGGAUUCAACCACGGCUUCAACUGCGCCGAGUCCACCAAUUUCGCCACGCGGCGCUGGAUCGACUACGGGAAACAAGCCAAGCUGUGCUCGUGCCGGCAGGACACGGUGAAGAUCUCCAUGGACGUGUUUGUGCGCAAGUUCCAGCCGGAGCGCUACAAAUUGUGGAAGGCGGGAAAGGACAACGCUCCCAUCGACCACUCCCAGCCCACGCCGGAGGCCGACGUCUUCGGGGGGGAGAGCCCGCCUCCAGAUGAGCGAGUGCCUGACAGCCCCGCCUCCAGCCCUAAAGCUCAGACGGCCGCCAAGCGACGGCUGGACACCUCGCGGGACGUCCAAUCGGAUUUGGCGGAAGAGGAGGUAGAGUCAAAGAAUGCCAAAAUGGAUUCUCCCGCCCGGGUUGAGCUGGAGACUCUAGAUCAAACGGUCAAAUUGGAGUCUGAGCCACAGCGUGAAGAAGAAGACAAAAAUCCCAUCAAAGAAGAAGAGAAAGAUGACAAAAAGUCCAUCAGUUGCUCAAGAACUGAGACGGCGUCGGCAGACACUGCCACCAACCACACGUCGGAGCCCAAGGACGGGCCGGAGCCGGACCCUGAACCGAGCGACGGCGGUGGCGAAAAGGACCCCGCCCAGCCCGACGAGGAUGAAAAACUUGACGCGAGCAACACGGGGGCGCACGCGGUGUUCCAGAGGACGCUGAGUCCCGCCGAUGUUCUUCACGUGCACAGUUACGCCAAAGGAGAAGACGCCGCGCCCAGAGACCAAGACAAGGAGGAAAGCAACGGUGGCGAUGAGGAAGUCAACCAAGACACCAGCAAACAGGGGCCCGAGGAAACUCUAAGCAAGUCGGAGCAGAGCCGUCUGGGUCAACUGCCCGGUCACCACCCGCUCAUUAAGGACGGCCUCAGCGACGAAGAGGCUCCGGAGGAAGUGUCCCCGGUCAAGGAGGGGGGCCUGGAGGGGGAAGGCUGGGCCAAAGCGCUAGCCCACCUGUGGCAGAGCAGACCCCCCAACAUCAAGCGGGAGCGCGAGUACAAUCAGCGGGCCGGCGCCAAGCCGCCCUACUGCUCCAUAUGCUCGCUCUUCCUUGCCUACCAGCAGUCGGAGGGCGCGAGCGGCAUCAACGCUCCGGUCAUGGCGGCGGGCGGGCGCAUGCGCACCAAACCCCUGAUCCCGGAGACUUGCUUCGCCACCACCACUGAAGAAGACUCGGAGUGCGAGGAGGCUCCGCCCACGCCCCGUCUGGAGGAGGACGGGACAAGCCUGCUGGUCAGCUGCUCGCAGUGCGCAGUCCGCGUCCACGCCAGCUGUUACGGCGUGGAUCCUGCCGGCGUCAGCAAGGAGUGGAAGUGCGCCCGCUGCAAAGCCAACGCCUUGAUGGAGAACUGCUGUUUGUGUUGCCUACGAGGCGGCGCUCUUCAGAGGGCCAACAACAACAAGUGGGUUCACGUGCUGUGCGCCGUGGCCGUUCUGGAGGCUCGCUUCGUCAACGUCGCCGACAGAAGUCCCGUGGAUCUGAGCGGCAUCCCACUGCAGAGAUUCAAAUUGAAAUGUUACUACUGCAAGAAGCGCAUGAAGAAGGCGUCGGGCUGCUGCGUGCAGUGCUCGCACGGGCGUUGCCCCACCGCUUACCACCCCACCUGCGCGCAGGCCGCCGGCGUGCUCAUGCAGCCCGACGACUGGCCCUUUGUGGUACACGUCACCUGUUGUCGACACAAAGGGCCCGCGCAGAUCGAGCGCAACAAGGCGGCCAUGCAGGAGCUAACGGUGGGCCAGAAAGUCAUCUGCAAGCACAAAAAUGGUCGCUACUACCAGUGCGACGUGGUGCAGCUGUCCAAGGAAACCUUCUACGAGGUCAACUUUGACGACGGCUCCUUCAGUGACAACCUCUUCCCUGAGGACAUUGCGAACCGAGACUGCUCUCAGAUGGGCCCGCCCCCGCCGGGCGAAGUGGUGCAAGUGCGUUGGACCGACGGCCUGGUUUACGGCGCCAAGUUCGUGGCGUCGCGCGUCGUUCAGAUGUACUUGGUGGAAUUUGAGGACGGCUCACAGCUGACAACAAAACGGGAUGACGUCUACUCGCUGGACGAGGAGCUGCCCAAGCGGGUCAAGUCCAGAUUGUCCAAAGCGUCAGACAUGCGCUUCGACGGCAUCUUCGAGGGCAAGGAGAUCAUCCGGGAGUCCAAGAGGCAACGGGUCAUCAACUCGCGCUACCGCGGCGACUACAUCGAACCCGUCAUUUACAGAGCCAUCAUGGAGUAG